UGCGCGGAUGAAUCGCUCGGUGCUGCGGCUGUGGUGAAUGAGAUUGAAGAAGAGUUCUUGUUUUGUAUCUCAGUUUCUCUCUUUUUUACACGCGCAAAUUAAAUUUAAACAAACAAAAAAUAAGGUCGGUUAACCCGGUAAAUUUCGGCCCGGCGCGCCGCUACAGCUAUGUGAGGGAUUGCGUCGGAGGAUCUUUGCCGAGAUCUCGGAGUGUUUGUAAAUAUUUAUUUAAAUAAUUUGUGGGGGGAGAGAGAGAGGGAGGGAGAGAGAGAGAAGCACUACUGCUCAAGUGAGUAGAGGAGGGGAGUUGGAGAGAGAGUACGAACACUAGUCUCAGUGCCAGCUGGACAGGCUGAAAAUUUCCUGAGACUCUCUUUCCUCCGAACUGGAUCAAUGAUGGAAUUGCAAACAUUACAGGAAGCCUUGAAACUGGAAAUACAAGUCCAUCAGAAACUUGUUGCCCAGAUGAAGCAGGACCCACAGAAUGCCGAUCUGAAGAAGCAACUUCACGAGCGCCAGGCGAAAAUCACGGCUCUGAGUGAGAAACAGAAAAAAGUGGUUGAGCAGUUGCGGAAGGAGUUGCUGGUAAAGCAGGAGCCCGAACUGAAACCCCAGAUCCUCACGGCGUCCGCAGAUGGCAAAGCCAUCUUGCUUACGCCUGCCUGCCCACCUGCGCAGCUGCAGACGGUGACUCCACACAACCAGGGGGCGCCACAGAAGACUCUAACCGUGACGCCGGUCAUCACCACAAAGACUCUACCUCUCGUGCUGAAAGCUGCCACCCCCACCAGGCCUGCUUCCAUGGCAACACAAUGCCCCACCGUCGCCAUGGUCACUGCCAUCAGCAACCCCCCAAGACCCGGCGCCAAUUCUGACUCCCAGAGCACACCAAUCAACCUUCAGGUGGCCGGCAAAUUGCCCAAUCAGGACACAGAAACCGCCACACGGAUUGUGUCGAAGAAUGUUAUUGUUGUGCAGGCCACCACCACCUCUGCCCAGCCCAUCAAAGUUCCCCAGUUUGUCCCUCCUCCUAGACUGACGCCUCGACCCACCUUUCAGCCACAGGUUCGAUCGAAACACCCCGUGCCGAACAAUGUGCCCAUCGCUCCGGCCCCUCCACCCAUGGUGGCAGCUCCUCUGAUCCAACGGCCCCUGAUGCUCGCCACCAAGCUUACGUCAUCUUUGCCUGCCUCUGCCGGGCCUAUCCAUCAAGUACGCAUCGUGAACGGACAGCAGUGCACCACGGUUGACAAGACCAUGGUCACGGGUGGCACGGCGCAAGUCACGGGCAUCGUCAUCAGCCCGGCGCAAACACUUCAGAUCAGCAACCUUAACUCUGACACAAAGACUGUGAAACUGCAGGGAGGAGCAGAACAGGGGCUCACAAGCCCACCUUCCUCCUCCUCUCCUCCUCUUCCUCCCACACCCGCUAAGGUCAAACGAGAGGAAAGCCCGCAGAAACUUGCCUUUAUGGUGUCUCUUGGGUUGGUCACACACGACCAUCUUGAAGAGAUUCAGAGCAGAAGGCAAGAACGUAAGAGAAGAACAACAGCGAACCCAGUGUACAGCGGAGCAGUGUUCGAACCCGAGAGGAAAAAGAGUGCCGUUACUUAUUUGAACACUCCUCUGCAUCAAGGCACCAGGAAGAGAGGUCGCCCUCCCAAAUACAGCACCACCAACACAACCACCAGCAGCGGCAACACGGAGCUGGGCUGCAACCCCCUGCUCUCCCCCACCAGCAGCCUUCCCGACUCCCCGGCCCCCGAGCGGCCUGACACGGGGGGCUUUCCCCUCCCUGUCCACCCUCAUUCUCUCCCCCAGCCCAGCCCCAGCUCCGGGGAUGGAGACAUCCACGAGGAUUUCUGCACUGUGUGCAGACGCAGUGGACAGUUGCUUAUGUGUGAUACAUGUUCGCGCGUCUACCAUCUCGACUGCUUGGAUCCGCCCCUCAAAAACAUUCCUAAAGGCAUGUGGAUCUGUCCCAAAUGUCAAGACCAGGUUCUCAAGAAGGAAGAGGCCAUCCCGUGGCCGGGAACCCUAGCGAUCGUCCAUUCCUAUAUCGCUUACAAAGAAGCAAAAGAGGAAGAAAAGCAAAAGUUAAUGAAAUGGAGUGCUGAUCUAAAGCUGGAACGAGAGGAACUAGAACAGAGAGUUAAACAACUCAGCAACUCUAUAACAAAAUGCAUGGAAACCAAGAACAGCAUUCUUGCCCGUCAGAAAGAGAUGCAGGUCUCUCUGGAGAAGGUGAAACACCUGGUCCGUCUCAUCCAGAGCUUUAAUUUAUCUCAGACCACGGAGACGGACGUCCCGCAGGAUUCCAAACCAGAGUCGGGAACCAUCAAAGACUCGACAGACGCUACGCAAGCGUGCGUAAAGGAGAAUCCCACCGAGCCCAGCGUGCAAGUACCGGUCACCGUUGCCGUCCCAGAACCGCAGACAGAACCCGAGGUAGGCGAAAUGGCAGAGCCGGCAACCGCGGUCACACCCGAGGCUGUUGUGGGCGAGUCGAGUGUCGUGGAAAUGGCCGAAGCUUUGGUUCCAGAGGAAAUGACAGCGGCUGCGAAAACAGCAGAGCUUGCGGAAUCGCCCCAGGUCAGGGACGUUAAGACCAACGGGGGGACGGACUGCGUUUGUACCGGAUUGAACCCGGAAGAAGAGGAGGCCAUGAUGGAUGCCGCGGACUCUGAGAACAUCCCUCCCAAUGGCAGCAGCUGCGCAGAGGAUUCUGGGAAGAUGGAGGUGGAAAGGCAAGAAGAUGGAAGUCACGGAGUCAACAGCAACAACGGCAAAACCUCAGAACCUUCCCAGCAGGCUUUGCCAGCCCCUCUUAGCAGUGUGGACAACCCCAAAUAGUUCUCAGUUUCGGCCUGAACGUACUUACAUCACCAAAACAUUUCAAAUAGAUUUCUUAUUGCACCUUGAACUGGUGCGCAAAGUUGCCAAUCUAUACGUAUAUAAAUAUAUAUUAUACAUAUAUAUAUUAUCUAUAUCCAAAUAAAUGUUGUUGGUUUUUUAUUUUCUUUUUCUUUAAUACAUAAUGGGUAAACUGUGUCAACAGUUCUUCUACAACCAAGACGCAGCAAGUCUUGGUUCUUGAAGACCAACAGAGCCCAAAGGGUUAAAAAGGGUGACUUAUGAAAGAGUGUCAUGCCAAUUAUCAGAUUAUUAUUAUUAUUAUAAAAAAGUUCAACUAAUAAUAACAACAAUAAUAAUGAUAAAGAUGAUGAUGGAUAAUUUAUCACAUCAGACCAGUGUGUGCCUCCAGCAUGGGGUUUGUUUCAUAGAUUGUCUUCUCUGGGGCGAGAAAGGCAGGGCGGACGUGUCCAAAGACUGCACCCAACACCCCGUUCGCUUCCGGGCUUGAGUGGACCGACAAAACCAAAAGCUUCUCUUUGCGAGCAGGACAAAAAAAAUCAAAGCAUCAGUAUUCGCCAGCAUCGAGGCGAGGAUCCUGUUGUUGGCGUGUGUUCGACUAAAUCAGGACUUGACCAGGACCACCUAUAGCAACCCCCUUCUUAACUCUGCAUCCACCUCCAUUUCCCAGUUAGAAGUAGGAAGCGUCCCGUAACUAUGUCAUCUCAGGCUAACCAGCAGUAGUCAGCGCACGGGAAAGCCCCGUAAGGUUUUGAUAAAGGGCUGGAUAAGAACGCAACACCGGAAGCCGCGUUAUCAGUUCUCGCAUGGUAGAAUAGUUUGAGAAACGAUGUCGGUUACGUGUAUCGGACGAGUCAUGUUUCGAAGUCUGUGUGUCUGUAUGCUGUUUGUAAAUUGUUUUUAUUUUUUUUAUUUUUUCAAAAACAAACACAUGACACAGUGUAUGAAUCUGAAGAGUAUUUCUUGUUUUUUUUAUAUAGGAAAAUAUAUUCAGGUCUUCCUAGUCUGCAUUGAUAAAUAAGUGCUUUUCUGUUUCACGAAACAGUGGUUUGUUAUCAAAGGUGUUUAAAAAUGGCAGGAAUUAUGCAGGCUCAAACAGAAGCCCAUAAUGACUGUCUGUUUUUGUUUCAAUCCUAAACUGCCAAAUGCUCGAGGUUUCGUUUUAAUCCGAAAUAAUGGAUAUAUCCUCUUACUGUGUGUUUGUUUAGUCUAGAAUUAUGGAAAUGUCCCAUCCCCGUGUUCCCGAAAUCAUUGCUUUUUUUGAUAGAAACAAUAAUGACAAUGUGUCACAAUUUGCUGUCUUAAACUCGAGGGUUUGAUGUAUGAGCCAAAUUGAGUAAUAAGGAAAUGACAGAAAACCCUUCAAUUAAAGCACAAGCUUUAUUGCAGAUACCUAAAGCAAACGCACUAAAAACCUCUAAGAGACUUUUCGUUUCGAAAUGUUUUCAAGCGCUUAAAUCUUCUCGGUUGGUUUUUAUAACGCUUGCCGACUUAACCCGAUGGCUUACGUAUCUAUGCAGGAAGUGCCGUUUAAGACGGUCUGGUCUUUAAUGGCUUCCUGUGUUUUUUCAUGUUGCACAGUUUCUUAACCUGUCCUUUCGUCUUAACAGCAAUGCACGGCUGGCACCUCUUUUACAUGUCAGGCCAUUCCAAAACAACAUAUCCCUUUUAUAUCGGUGAUGACAGCCGCUCGGGCUCGGAUUAAACAGUUUACGCAUAUCAAAUUCCAAGUAUUUGUGUAGGACAAGUGCUUAUUUUCGUUUCACCGUGUGCAUGGCACAUUUAUUGCUGAUUCCAAACAAACCAUGCAUAGGUUUUUCUGACUGUUUAACCUACAAAUGUUUUUCUGUUAAAAUGAGUUUAUGACUUUGAACCCAGUUUGGGGAUUUUUGCCGAGGGUUAUAUCUGAAAUGUGCUGCAAUUUCUCACAAUCUACUGUGAAAAUUCACAUACUCAUUUGAUACAUUCCCAUAAUUCCCUGUUACCCUUUGAGCCAGUAUUGGGUAAUGAUGGAUAAACGUUCAUAUCAUAGCAGUCAUUACUGUGGCAUAACAUACCGACGUGAAUAUUUAAGGCCUUCCAGAAGUCACUAUCGUCAGUCUAGAAAAUCUUGAAACAGAUUACUGUACCGGUGCCUUCAACCUUUUACGUACCGAAACUAAUUCCUCAAAUUUAGCCUUCAUGUUUGUCCCCCAAAAUACUCUUUCCGAAACGUCACUGAAUUAGAAGCACAUUUGCAGGUUGUAGUUAAAUUGGUGAAAGUGAUCUGGUUGUAGUGAUGUGCUGGUCCUGUAUGUAUUUAUUAAACAUUGUCAUCUGCUGUAAAGUUAAAAGAUCCCAACUAAAGUAUAAAUUUGGUCAAGUUGCCUUGAGAGUUUUUAAUACUCUGAACAAACGGUUUAGUAUCUAGUAAUUGCACAAAAUUGGUCUGUAAAAUUAUAUUCCCAAUAAUGUGUUUUGGCUCAAAUAUUGUGUUAAAUAUUUAUGGAUUGACAUUCAAGUUCUGGAUAUUUAGGAAUUUACGCUAUCCGUCAUUAUGCACUUUUUUUGAAAAUGUCCUAAGUAUUACUUGUUUUUCAAAAUAUGUUUAAGUGUCUGCUUUGAGUUUCUUUAUUUUGUGUAUUAUCAGGACUGUUCAGACCAGUGACUAUUGCUUAUUUAAUGUCACAAUUACGUCUUAUCCCUCCUUUAGUGACAUAAUACCGAUAUUGAACUUGUACCUGAAUCAGGUAUUCGGACCUCAGCUAUGAGCAGAUCUAAUCUGAGAAAACCUGCAGUCUUGAUUGGAUAGAUUUAAAAUCCCGGAACACCACCUGUCCAAUCGGUCAACGAAUAGCAUGCCUUCUUAUGCAAAUUUUUAUAUACGUUUUGUCAGACUUUUUUUAAAUAUGCAUUUAGUUUUGAGUUUGUUUUGUAAGGAUUUUUAUGUAAACUUUUUGUGUCACUUUCCUUUUUACAUGUCUGGCAAAAAAAGAAAACGAUGCCAAAACGAAACAGUAUACAUAUGUACAUCUUUUUAAAAACACUUUUUAUGUUUCAAUACCAUUUUCACAAUGGCAUCUGUAGAAUAUAGUUCAUACAUGUACAGUUACAAAUAGGAGUUAUUUGCUGGUCAUAAUACUGGGCUCUUGUACGACGAAAAUGUGUACGAAUCUUACGGACCGUUACUUUCAUUCAAGUCUGCCUUCGCUAGCACACCACGCUGAAUGUUAUUGUUAUCUUGGGUCGCUGGGUGUGUACAAGUAGUUUUGAGAAGAUAUUUAUGAUCUUUGAUAAUCUUGCGAAUGCAUGUAGUCUGUUGUGGGUGGGGAAUAUAGAAGGAAGGGGGUGGGAACGUCUGAAAGCCACGCAUCCAAGUAUACCCAAAGAGAUUGCUAUUAGGGAGACUUAUAUGCAUUCAAGAUACAUAUCAUUCAAAAUCUUUAUUUUCUUCUCUAGCUUAUAGUGCUGACGUGUGGGAAGUGCUUUGUAAUUUAUGUCUGACUGUCCGCUAGGCUUUGCAGUUUUAAUUUUGGAACUGUUGAAAGGCGAGGUUUCGGUGUACAUUUAUGCAUAAAAACGAACGAUUUUCAAAUCCAUUCCAAUUCAUCCUGUCACCUUGAUCUUAAUAGUGUUUAGACCAUCUAUAUUUUUGGUGCGUUGCAAUUCCACAGUGACGUUGAGGUCAUUGUAGUUUCAAUGUAGUUUUUGUUCACUUUUCAUACUAUUUACUCAAGUCAUGAUCGUGGCCUUCUUGUACUGUUGAUGCAUUUCAUUUUUAUUGUCGUGACUUUCCUGGUGUUGUGAGUGCGUGAGCAGGUGUGUAUGAGUAAGUGUGUUACCUCAUCUACAGUCAACUGUUCAAUUGGAAAACAUUUUGUUUACGCGUGCAAAAAAAGAAAAGACUAAAAAAAUCUUCCACUCGAUGAAACACAAAACAGGAUACAUUGUAGCGACAUGAGUAAUUAAAAAAAAAGAAAAAGUUCACCUGGUGUGCUGAACUUAGUGUAAAUGGUUUAUUACACAAUAUGAAUAUUUGUAAAAUUGUUUGUAUUUUUUCAUAAUGAUUUUAAAAAAAGGAGUGUGUUUAUUUUUUGACUUUUUUCAGUUACAGAGCUUGUCCGCUCGAUCUCUCUCUCUCUCUAUCUAUCUCUCUCUGGUCUUUUAUUUCCUUGUUUGUUCGCCUGACAUUGUAAGUGAGUCAGUUGGGUCUUACCUCUCUCCUGUAUUGAGCCUGUGAUGAGUCCUUUGUAUGCAGUGUUUUGAAAAUACUGUAGGAAACAUGGGAAGAAAUUGAUAUUAGGAGCAUUUGAUCAAUUUGUAUUUAUUUAUUUUAUCAUUUUGUUAAUAAAUCGACAAAGAAC